AUGUUAUUGCGACUUUUCCUCAUUUUCUUGGCCCUCUUGACCAUCUCAACAAUGGCACAAUUAGCCGGCUCUCCGCUUUCAGGCACUGGCUACAUAAGAAGUAUACGAUAUCCAAUCAAAGGCUUACGACCAUUUGGCUAUGGGGGAAAUGGAGCCCAUUUUGCACAACGACCACCAAUCGGAAUGCCAUCGCAGAGUGGCGCCUAUGAGCGCUUUGGCGGAAGCUAUGGACCCGGCUUGCUGACGGGAAUGUUAUUGGGCAAA